AUGGGGUCGUCACCGGCCGACAAAGUUCGGAAAUUAUCGCCCAAGUCCAAUCUCAAGAACAGAAACGCCACUAUGCAGGAUCUCAGAGCACGUCCGAUGAAAAAACCUCAAACCCCCGACGGAGUCUUCAUGGAGUACAUGGAGUUGAUACAAAAGGAGCUCAGCAACAUCAAAAUCACCCGCAAAAUGGCUAAAGUCAAAGUCAGAAAAAGACCGGUGAGGAUUUGGCAACGGGUAGUGACAUGGAGGUCCGUCCGGCGGAAGGAGACAGUCGAUGGAGUAUUUCAUGGGUCUGACUACCAACCCAAGGGCAAGAAGGCUAUGGGAUCUGCUGCAAGGAACAACAUCGCAAGCAGUGAGAGCAAGGCCGUGGCGCCCCUAGUUGGAUCGUCAUCAACAACAACUCCAAGGCCUUCAGCUGAUAUGAUGGACAAGGCAAGUGUGGGUAUGGACAAGUGCAUGGAUGUCGACGAUGGAGGAGAGAGUAACGUCGUGGAUCUCGACAGCAAGUCCGAUACUGAUGAGGAUGAUGCAGACCCUAGGAAUGGGUACUAG